AUGGCCGACAUCGAACUGGUCCAGAUCGUCAAGAAGGGCCGCGAUGCUCUCGCCGCCUGGCGCGAGGAGCACCCCAACCAACUCUUGGACCUCAACGCCUGUUACAUGAGCCACAGCCGCAUCCCCAUGGUCAAUCUUCGGGGCGCCGACAUGCGGGAUGGUGACUUCAUGGGCGCGAUGGUCCGCCGCGCCGACCUGUCUAACAGUUACCUCAACGACGCGCACUUCUACCGGGCCGACCUCCGCGAGGCCAACCUCAGCCGGGCUAUUGCCCCCGGCGCCAACCUGCGGGGCGCGGACCUGCGGAACGCCAACCUCUCCGGCGCCAACUUCGACCGCGCCACCCUUUCCGAAGCCAACCUGUCCGGUGCGGAUCUCACCAACGUCAACCUGGACCGCGCCAAUCUGGACCGUGCCAACUUCACCGGCGCCAACCUCACCGGAGCCAGCUUCAACGGCGCCAACCUGUCCCGCACCAACCUGUCGUCCUGCACCCUCAACGAAGCCGACUUCUACGAAGCGGUGCUCAACGACGUGGUCACCGACGAGGCCGACUUCCGCAACUGCAUCAUCGGCUACACCGUGUUCCAGAACUGCGCCAUGGACGCCGCCGUCGGGCUGGACGAGGUUCGCCACGACGCCCCCAGCACCAUCGGCCUGGAUACCCUGCUCCGUUCCCGGGGCGCGCUGCCGCAGUCCUUCAUCCUCGGUUCGGGAGUGCCCAUCGCUGUGUCCAGCCUCCAGGACAGCGUGGCCGACGCGCCGGUAACCACCCUCGAGGUCCAUAUAUCCUGCGCCGACGCCGAUGUCCCCUUCGCCCGCGCACUGGAAGCCAACCUGCGCGCCCAGGGAGUGCGCAGUUGGGUCUUCGCCGAGGGUUUUCGCGGCAACCCCCUGGUCGACCGCCGCGCCACCUCCGGCGAGGAGGAGAUCGAGCGCUGGGUUCGCCACUACGACCGCCUGGUCGUGGUGUGCACCGCCGCGGGCCUCGAUAGCGAGACCGUCCGCAACGACAUCACCGCCGGCCACGAAGGGCAGAGGUCUUCAGACAACUGGACCAUGUUCCUCGUCGACGCCGACGGUGUCAUGGGCGCGGGCCGCAACCGGGCGGCGCGCCUCAUGGCUGAGGAAUAUCGCUUCUUCGACCUCACCGGCCAGUCCGACGGCUCCGCCGAGUACCAGGCGGCGCUGGAGAACCUGAUCACCAACCUCCGCGAGGAGCAGCCGGCCAGUGCCGCGGCUCCCCCGCGCCGUGAGGUCGAUCCCCGGACACUCCAGCUGUAA